GUACGCAUUAAUUAUCGCCACAAUGUGUGUCACAUGCUUACAUGAUCACCAUGUAUAGCAGCACAGCUUGAUUUUCUUCCAUGUUACAGAUCUGAAACGCCAGUUUGCAUCUCUUCCACCUGGUAACGACUAUUUCUUUAUAUUCUCAAGAGUCCCAAUUCCAUUACUGAAGUGAUUAGAAUUGGGUUGCAACUAGAUGCUCUACUCUGAAUCCCUUCUGGGUAAUUAGGAGGGUUGGAUUAGCUAGCCCACUGAAAGAGGGGAAAAGAAAAAGAAAAAUGAGAGGAGCUGUGUUGGCAGCCAUUGCUGCAGCAAUCGGAAGUCUGUUGCAGGGUUGGGAUAAUUCGGUGAUUGCAGCUACUGUUAUUGACAUCAAAAAGGAAUUUAAAUUGGAAAGUGAACCAACAAUUGAAGGGCUAAUUGUAGCAAUGUCGCUGAUCGGAGGCACGAUUGUUACAACAUUCUCUGGAUCUGUAUCAGAUUCUGUAGGAAGAAGGCCAAUGCUUAUAAUGUCGUCGCUACUAUUUUUCAUCAGUGCACUGGUAAUGUUAUGGGCUCCCAAUGUUUAUGUUCUACUUUUGGCGAGGCUACUAGAUGGAUUUGGUACUGGUUUGGCUGUUACUCAGGUUCCUGUCUAUAUAUCUGAGACAGCCCCAGCAGAGAUAAGGGGACGAUUAAAUACCCUUCCACAAUUCACUGGUUCUAGUGGGAUGUUCCUUUCCUAUUGCAUGGUGUUUGGGAUGUCACUUGGGGGUUCAUCCAGUUGGAGACUCAUGCUUGGUGUUCUGUCCAUUCCAUCUCUGGUUUAUUUUGCAUUGACAGUAUUUUUUCUGCCUGAAUCUCCAAGAUGGCUCGUGAGCAAAGGCCGAAUGGUUGAGGCCCAACUAGUUUUGCAAAGACUCCGUGGCACAGAAGAUGUUUCAGGUGAGUUGGCUUUGCUUGUUGAGGGUCUUGGGACUGGACGGGAGACAUCCAUAGAAGAGUACAUAAUUUGCCCAACCAGUGAGCCUCUUGACCAACAGGACAAGAAUGUAGAGAAAGAUCAUAUCAGAUUAUAUGGGCACGAGGAGGGUCUUUCAUGGGUUGCCAAACCUGUAACUGGACCGGGUUCUUUGGUCUCCAACCAAGGAAGUUUGGCCAAUAUCCCUCUUAUGGAUCCCCUGGUCACUCUCUUUGGCAGUGUCCAUGAAAAUCUAUUGGAUGCAGGAAGUAAGCGCAGCAUGUUUCUUCCAAACAUGGGUAGUAUAAUUGGAGGUGCAGAGCAUCAAGGUACACAUGAAAAUUUUGAUAUGGAGAAUCAAGGCAAUGAUGAUGAUGACUAUGCAUCCGACUCAGCUGGGACUGAUCAUGAUGAAAAUUUGAGAAGUCCAUUGCUUUCACGCCAUCACACUAAUGCUGAAAAGGACAAUAUUCCUGUUUCUGGGGGUAGCAUUUUGGGUAUCAGAAGCAGCAGCCUCUUGCAAGGGAAUGCAGUUGGUGAUGAGGCAAUGGGUAGUACUAGUGUUGGUGGUGGUUGGCAGCUUGUUUGGAAAUGGUCAGACCGCAUACGAAAGGAUGGGAAAAGGGAAGAAGGACUUCAAAGGAUCUAUUUGCACCAGGAAGGUUCAGCAGCGUCUAAGCCUGGUUCCUUUGUUGCACCUCCUGGUGUGCCUGGAGGAAGUGAAUACUUUCAGGCUGCUGCUUUGGUUAGCCAUGAUAAACCUGUAGGACCAGAAAUUCUCCAACAAUCUACAACCCUUAGUAAAGGGCCAACUUGGAAAGAUCUUUUAGAACCAGGAGUAAAACGUGCAUUAGUUGUUGGUAUAGGACUCCAAAUUCUUCAGCAGAUUUCUGGGAUAAAUGGUGUUCUUUAUUACGCUCCUCAGAUUCUAGAGCAAGCAGGUGUAGCAGCACUUAUUUCAAAUAUGGGAAUGAAACCAGCCUCUGCAUCGUUGUUCAUAAGUGCCAUUACAACACUCUUGAUGCUUCCUUGUAUAGCUAUUUCAAUGUGGCUAAUGGAUAUCUCUGGUAGAAGGUCCUUGUUGCUCUCCACAAUACCAAUCCUUAUAGUGUCGCUCAUAUUGCUGGUAGUAGGCAGUGUUGUCAACUUGGGCUCUGUUUUAAAUGCAAUAAUAUCCGCUCCUGGUGUUAUGGUGUACCUAUGCUGCUUCGUGACGGGUUAUGGGGUGAUUCCCAACAUUUUGUGUUCAGAGAUCUUCCCAACUAGAGUUCGUGCCUUAUGCAUUGCGAUAUGUGCCCUCACUUAUUGGAUAUUUAACAUCGCUGUUACAUAUUCAUUUCCUAUUAUGCUCAACUCCUUUGGCCUUGCAGGUGUUUUCAGCAUCUAUGCUGUUGGUUGCACCAUUUCUUGGAUUUUUGUUUUUCUAAAGGUUCCGGAAACCAAAGGCAUGCCUUUAGAAGUCAUUUCUGAGUUCUUUGCAAUUGGUAAAAUACAAGCUGAUGAAUAACUCAUAUACGGUUAAGUUAGUUUGAACCUUUUGGAAGCAGUGAAAAUCUGAAAAGGGGAGCUUCUUUGUGUGUACAGCUGUUGCCUUAUGUUUGAUGGAUAUUUCUCUGUUGAUCAAUGGUUCAUGUACAUUUGUUUAGAUCUUUCAAGAACAAUAUGAAAGUGUGAGAGAUGUUUGAAAAUUUGUUGCUUCGACAGAAAAAUAAUGCUUCAGACAAAAAACUUGUUAAAAACAUGGCUGUGUCUAUCGUUUGAGCACCCAUGUUUUUGUAUUUGCUUUAGAAGGAUGAAAGAGUACAAUAAUUCUUAAUAAUA